GUGCGUGGCAAGCCCUCCUGCACUGCCACAGGCACGGCGUGGUGCAUCGGGACAUCAAGCCAGAGAACAUUCUGCUACUGGACGACACUGCGCUGUCCAAGAUGAAGCUGGUGGAUUUUGGAAUAGCACGCUUCUUCGAGGAAGGCGAGCAGUUCACCGACAUAAUGGGAACCCCCGAGUACAUGGCGCCGGAGGUGUGGGACGGGUGCUACGGCCCGGCGGUGGAUGUGUGGAGCACGGGAGUGGUGAUGUACAUCGCCAUGUCGGGCGUGCCACCAUUCUGGGCCGCGUCUCAGCGCGACAUGGAGGCGGCUGUUAGAGAGAGGGAGGCGAGCUUUCGGCUGGCCGUGUGGGGGGAUGUGUCGGACAGCUGUAAGGACCUGAUUGGCCGCAUGCUGGUGAAAGACCCGAGGAGGAGGAUCACCCUGCUGGAAAUUCUUGGCCACCCUUGGCUGCAGCACCACGCCAAGAGUUGACGGCUUGAGCCGCCUUUUCGACUUUCUACCUGACACUGAUCAUAGGGAGGGACUAUCAAAGAAGCUUAGGAUAGGAACUACACUUAGGAACCUAGCUUAGCUAGGAAGGAAGGAAGGACGCCAUGGAAUGGCAUGAGGCAAGUAGAUCUAGGAGUAGGCAAAAGUGACGAGAAAGAAGAGGGUUGGACUAGGAAGAGAGAGAGGUACAAGGAGGGGAUUGUACCCUCUACAGAAAGGUUCAGUAACACUACCAAGCCUAUCAAU